CUUUUCUCUCUUCUCUCUUGACUGGAAUUGCUUUUCCGGGUCCUGUUCGAUUCGUCUCAACCCUCUCUUUCGCUCUUUACCUCUCUCUCUCUCUCUCUGUGCCUCUCGACAUGCCUCCGUUUCGCAACUUUCUCGCCAGAAAAUCCGGCACCUUAAAUGGCGGGGAAGUUGAUCGUCUCCCCGAUAGUAACAAUCAGCUCGCUGAAGACGGCCAUCGCUCGACGCCUUUGAGUAUCAGGAAAAGUCAUGAAACAGAACCGCUUGAGUAUAAAUUGAGCGUCGUCGAUGUCAAUGGCGAAUACCUUCCGCCAUCACCCCCAGAAAAAGAGAGCUUCUGGCGAAAAUACCCCGGGGUGUCAAGACCCUCCUCGCACCAUCGAAAUCUAGUCGAUGAAAAUGAACCUUUCUCAAUAUCCCGCGAAUCAUUUGAUUCGUACCGGCGCUCCUUCGACAUCUCCGCCCGAUCCCCCGUAAGCUAUACCGACGCUCUCCCUUCCCGAACAUCGCUCGACUCCCGCUUCUCCCGUCUUACCUCCCCCUCUGGUCCCCGCCCCUUUGAGAAACAGCCCCAAACCACGGAAGAGGAUUGCUUUGAAGACGUCGGACUAGACGACGAUGACAACAACAACAACAACAACAACAAUAGCGCCAAACCAAAAAAGCGCGGCUUGUUUUCCCGAUUUGGCGAUCUCACCGGCGACACCCAGACAAGUGGUUCCAAGUCCUCAUCGCACUUGGGAUUCCAUAUCCCCGGCCGAAAACGAGGCCAAAGCAAUCCCGGAUCGGAAUUGGGAGCAAUGAAAUCGCCCCCUCCACCGGAGGUUGUGGAAAUGCGCGAGGGGUGAGCUGAGUUGAGUUGCUGCGACUGAUGACGAUGAUGAGUGAGAUGGGUUAGAUGGGGAUGGGCGCUACCGCAUGGCUGGUUGGAUUUGGGUGAUCCAUUGAUUAAUUGCCCUGGUGUUUUUGGCGUUAAUUUAGUUAGCACUUGACUAGUUGAAAUUCCUGGGGCGGCUUGAGUCUUGACUGACGGACAUCUGGCCCAGCGCGCCGUGUUAUGUCGCGGCACUGUUAGAGAUUCCUUUGGAAUUGUUUUGCUGAGAUAAUACUUAAUCUAUUUUCUCUAAACAAUAUUUAAUUAC